AUUAUUCCAGGAAGAAAUACACUCGCUGCAUAGAUUUUUGAGAGUUGUAAUAGUCAGCUACAAGUUUUCUUUUAUAAUAAACAUUAAGUAAUAAAAGAAGCGAAAAUGUUAAAUGUAAAAAGAGUUGUGUUGCGCUCUCGACCAGGCAAAAAUGGUCAACCAAGUCCAGAGAAUUUCCGUGUGGAGGAGAUUAUGAAAUCCUCCGAGCUGAAAGAAGGACAAGUGUUAGUCCGUACACUUUUCCUCUCAGUUGACCCUUACAUGCGCUGUCGCAUGAACGAUGAUACUGGAGCUGACUACCUGUUGCCAUGGAGAUUAGAGGAGUGUGUGGAUGGAGGUGGAGUUGGUGUAGUGGAGGCCAGCAAGAAUCAGGCAUUAUCUGUGGGCACUGUUGUCACCUCCUUCAACUGGCCUUGGCAAACAUACGGUGUGAUGGAUGGCAGCCUUUUACAAAAGGUCGACCCAGAGAUGGUAGAUGGUCACCUGUCAUAUGUUCUAGGAGCGGUAGGCAUGCCUGGCCUCACUGCUCUUUUAGGUGUAAGAGAGAAGGGUCAUGUGACUCCAGGAACACACCAGACGAUGGUCAUCAGUGGAGCAGCUGGAGCUUGUGGGUCAAUUGCUGGACAGGUCGGCAGAUUGGAUGGCUGUGAGAGAGUCGUGGGGAUUUGCGGAUCAGACCAGAAAUGCCAAGCCUUGGUAACAGAGCUGGGUUUUACAGCAGGGAUAAACUACAAAAAAGAAGAUAUCAGCUCAGCACUGAGGGAGCAUUGCCCCACAGGCAUUGAUAUAUACUUUGACAAUGUAGGCGGUCCCAUCAGCGAUGCUGUUAUAUCACAGAUGAAUUCUAGUGGUCAUGUGAUCCUGUGUGGCCAAAUAUCACAGUACAAUAAGGAUGUGCCUUACCCACCUCCUCUUAGUGAAGAAACCCAAGAAGCUUUGCGCUGCAAAAACAUCACAAGGGAGAGAUUUGUUGUAUUGAACUACAUGGAGAAACAUGAAGAAGGUCUUAUGCAGCUUAGCCGCUGGGUAAAGACGGGCCAGAUAAAGGUGUUGGAAACUGUUGUAAAUGGUUUAGAAAACAUGGGAGAGGCUUUCUGCUCCAUGAUGACCGGAGGCAACAUAGGUAAACAAGUUGUCAAAAUUUCAGACUGAGUCAGACGUCUGCAUCUGGAGGCCUUGUGGGGGUGGUGAAGGCAUUGUAAAUCUGGGCUGGUAAUCGAAAGGUUACCAAAAA